UCAACCUCGCGCCCCGGGACCCUAGAGCCGGCGAUUCCUCGCCGGCGCCGCAGCCGCCACUCUGUGCCGGACACUGUGGGCCUUCGGCCCAGAGCGCGUCCGUGACGCACAGACCAGACCCCUCUGCGGGGCGGCGCAGGAGCUCCUGGGAAACGUAGUUCGGCCUCGCGUCCCCCUCGGGCGGGACCGCGGACGCCUGGAGGCAGGCACUGAGGACGGGGAGAACUUCGGGUGAAAUGCAUCCCUCCUGUGACUGGAUUGGAGACACAAGAACAGAAACAUCCUGAUCUCUCUACUCUACUGUGCAGGCUUAUGUACUCAUAAAAUGGCAGUUAUGGACCUAUCCUCCCCAUGGGCUUUAACUAAACAGGACUCUGCCUGUUUCCAUCUGAUAAAUGCUGAAGAGGAAAGGAUGAUUGCUGUAUUUCUGACAACCUGGUUACAGGAACCAAUGACUUUCAAAGAUGUAGCUGUGGAGUUCACUCAGGAGGAGUGGAUGAUGCUGGAUUCUGCUCAAAGAAGUCUGUACAGAGAUGUGAUGUUGGAAAACUAUAGAAAUCUCACCUCCGUGGAAUAUCAAUUGUACAGGCUUACUGUGAUCUCCCCAUUGGAUCAAGAAGAGAUAAGGAAUAUGAAAAAGAGAAUUCCCCAAGCCAUCUGUCCAGACCAGAAGAUUCAACCUAAAACCAAAGAAUCAACUGUGCAGAAAAUUUUGUGGGAGGAACCAUCCAAUGCAGUGAAAAUGAUAAAACUCACAAUGCAUAAUUGGUCCUCCACAUUAAGAGAAGACUGGGAAUGCCAUAAGAUCAGAAAACAGCAUAAGAUUCCAGGGGAACAUUGGAGGCAAAUGACAUAUGCCCCAAAGAAAACAGUAUCUCAGGAGCUAUUCCGUGACUAUCAUGAAUUAGAGGAAAACUCUAAACUUAGAUCAAAACUUAUUUUUUCACAGAGCAUUUUCACCAGUAAACAUUGCCAAAAAUGUUACUCAGAGAUUGGAUGUUUGAAACACAAUUCAAUCAUAAACAAUUAUGUGAAAAACUCUAUAAGUAAGAAGCUCUAUGAAAGUCAUGAAUGUGAUACAACUCUAUGGCAUCUUCAGAGAAAUCAAACAGUACAAAAAGAGUACACAUAUUCUAAACAUGGAAUGCACUUCACACAUAAUAUGUUUCCUGUACCUAACAAUUUGCAUAUGGCACAGAAUGCCUGUGAAUGUAAUAAAGAUGAAACGCUGUGUCAUCAAUCAUCCCUUAAGAAACAAGGACAAACUCAUACUGAAAAGAAACAUGAAUGCAAUCAAUGUGGAAAAGCCUUCAAAAGGAUUUCUAAUCUUACUUUAUACAAGAAAAGUCACAUGGGUGAGAAACAAUAUGAAUGUAAAGAAUGUGGUAAAGUGUUCAAUGAUUCCUCAACCUUAAGGAGACAUGUAAGAACUCACACUGGAGAGAAACCCUAUGAAUGUAAUCAAUGUGGAAAAGCUUUCAGUCAAAAAACAUCCCUUAAGGCUCACAUGAGAACUCACACUGGAGAGAAACCUUAUGAAUGUAAUCAGUGUGGAAAAUCCUUUGGCACAAGCUCUUACCUUAUAGUGCACAAGAGAAUACACACUGGAGAAAAACUCUAUGAAUGCAGUGAGUGUGGAAAAGCCUUCAACACGAGCUCUCACCUUAAAGUUCAUAAGAAAAUUCAUACCGGAGAGAAUCUUUAUGAAUGCAGUGACUGUGGGAAAGUUUUCAGUGGGGUCUCAUCCCUUAGAAUGCAUAUAAGAGCUCACACUGGAGAGAAACCCUAUGAAUGUAAGGAAUGUAGGAAAGCCUUCAGUGUUUCCUCUUCCCUUAGGAGGCAUGUGAGAAUUCACACUGGAGAGAAACCCUAUGAAUGUAUUCAAUGUGGAAAAGCCUUCAGUCAGAGCUCUUCACUUAUUAUACACAAGAGAAUUCAUACUGAGAGAGAAACCCUGUAAGUGUUAUGAAAGUGGAAUUGCUGUUUUCAUUGUCUUAAGGUGGAUUCCAAGCUCCUUGUCUCAUUCUUUGUUCUCUAAAAUAACCAUUUAAGGUUACAAAUGGCUCUUUUUUUAAUAUAACAUUUUGUUCUAUAAAUACUAAUUAUGACUUUUUUUGA